UAAUUACAUAUUAAUUGACAUGAGGAUUUGCUUAUUUAUAGAGUUUUAGAUAUAAUUACACGCAUAUAAAUUCGUAUAAUUAGAGAGUUUGAUGAGUGAUGAAUUGGGUUACUUAAUGAAAUAAUAGUUUCUGCUACUACUGCUGCUUUGUGUGGCCUAAGAGAAAGAGGACCUUCUGUUCUCUUGGGCCAGUUCUCUUUGGUAUGCUUUUUACAUUUUUCUACUCAUUAAGAUAAAAAGAUAUAGUCUUUGAUGUUUUUUGGUUUUAGUUUUGAUAACAAGCUUUUAUGCUUUCUAGGUUGUUUUGUAGUUUUCAGUUUGUCAUGCAAAUUUUCUUAGUAUAUUUCCUUGUGUUGCGUACUAUGCAGAGUACAAAAAAAACAAAAGACUAGAGGUCUAGUGAUUGGGAUGUGCAACGAUUUUGUUUCUUUUAUGCCACUGUACUAGAUAGUAGAUACUUAUGUGGAUUACAUUGAAAUAUGUUUUCUGAAAUAAAUUAAUUCCAUAAUGUUCUGAUUUGUUCCAUGUGGAGAAAGGUGAGGUGGGUUUUGAACAAUAGAGCAAUGAUCAUAAUCAGAGUAAUCAGAGAGAUGUUCAUAUAUCAAUGUUGCAGAGGCUUAAUCCUACAAACCCUUUGAGAAUUGCUGUCAAUGCUAAGACCAUAAGUGCUGCUCCUCCUCCUCCUUAUCGGUUCCAACUGGCCCAAAAUGUCAGAGUUGGUACUACUCCACCUUCAUCUCUAUCUGAAUUCUCUCAGUCUCACACAACUCCUCCUCAGCAUUCUCAGCCUCGCACUAUUCCAACCCCUCAGGCAGCAAUUACAACACUGAACUCAAGAGCCUACACCAACAAGAUAUCUUUGUUCCUUUUCAUUGUGCACAUGGUGGCUGCUAUUGGGCUAGUUGGUUUUCUGAUACUUAGCUGAAGUAAUGAGGAAUGUAGCUAAUAUAACUGUGAGUAGGGUGAUUCUCUAUAUUAUCUCAGAGGAAUGCAGUCCAAUACUCAGUUUUGUUUCCAGAGAGCCUGGAGUAAAAGUCUUGGAAGUGCUUGUUUUGGAUCUUUGUUUGUGCUAUCAAUUGAAGCACUGAGAAUUGUUGCUCAGGCUUUAAAUCAACUUGAGGGCGAGGAUGGGUUUAUGUUGUCUUCUGCGCAUUGCUUUCUCAAUGUCAUGCAGUGCAUCUUUCGAUAUGGCGAUGGCUGGGCCUUUGUUCAGAUAUAUAUUCCAACAAAUCCUUCUGGUGCUGAAACACUACCACCAGGAAUUGUUGUUCCACAAACUGAUUUGUAUAUGCACAGAUUAUGGGGUAAACCCAGUGAGGUUCUAAAAACCAGCCAAAGUACUUGGUAACAUUUACCGUUAGUAUUAAUCAGAAGAAAAAUAUUGAUGCAGCAGUUAAAAUUAACAAUUAACAAAAACACCAAAGAAAUAGAACAGUGAAUAGAGAGUUUGUUGAGGGAGCAGGACAAGAUCUUUUUUCAGAGAGCUUGCAAUCCAUGAACCAGCAAGAUGCUUAAGGAAACAAGCUACUUAAAGAUGUUGGGUUAUGAACCUGGAUGUAUAUUGCUAGGAGAGUACUAUUUGAUGUAUUCCUUUUGUGGAUAAAAGAUUACAUUUGCACAAUCUAUUUUGGUGCAUGAUGUGGAUUAUAACAAU